AUGACCAGUGUCUGGUGCUUAGACGGCUUCCUGAUAUUCGCGGUUCUAUUCGUUUGUUGCUGCAGUUACAUCGCCAGGAUGCCCCGGUUUAAAUCGAUUGUCUUCCAGGAGAAAACUGGCUUUCGGGGGACCUUGUACAAGAGCGCAGUUAUUGGCCUGCGGUUGCAUUACGCCAUUAGUAUCAUCUGUCUUCUUCUGGGCCUGUAUCGCCUAUUCUUUUGA